GCUGUAUCUGUUCAGUGUCUUCUCUAAAUGAAACUGUUCAAAUAACUCCAAGCUCUGAGGUUAUGUGAUUGACCACAUAGCUGGACAUUCCUUCCAAAGACAAGGUGAAGAAAGCUGCCCCCAGGCCAACACUCAAAAUGAAAAGUGGUCUUAGGAUUGUUGGGAGGAGGAAUAUAAUAACAUCUUCUUAAUGAAAUACAUUUGGGACCAACUUAGCCUAAGACUGGGGGAAGACUUCAUGUUUCCUAGAGAUGACUGCUUUUCUUUCUCUCCAUCCUUUUCCAUGCCUAGAAUAAUAUUAGAUAUUCAACACAUAUUUGUUGUAAUUAGGGUGGAACCCAUGCUGCCUAGGGAUAUGUAGUGCUAAAUUGCCAUGGCUUAGGAAACAUUUCUCACCAUAAGAACAUUUUUUAAAUGUCACAUUCCUGCAUUAGCACCAAAGUCUUUCUAUUUUGCUAAUUCACAACAUAGAGGAGCUCUGGGUAGUCCUCCCUCCUCAGUACAGGUCCACUAACCUGCCUCCCAGAACAUUGGUGCUACUUCUGUCAUGCUCUUUGUCCUGUCUAUAGUAACACCAUUCAAAAACAAGGACUCUAGUCACCUCUCACCCUGUGGUCUCUCAUGUCCACCCAGCUCCAUACAACCCUAAUUGAUCCUAUCUCCCACCUUCCUUGACCCCUAAACUGCUGCCCUAUGAGCUCUAAAACUCACAAGUGUUUAUCAGUAAAGUUCCUUAUCUUCACAACCUUGUCUGAACAGUGCCUUCCUCUUUUUACUAUAAACUUGGCUUUCUUAAUUAUAUGACUUCUCUAGAGCCCUCCCAGUAGCCAUGCUUUGUCUCCCAUACCCCUUGUGCUACUGGAGUUGGAGACAGGGUAGGUGUUAUCCUUGUUCCUCGGUGCCUCUUCUAGACUGUUGUCCUACUCACCAUAAAAACCACUCAGCUUGGAAAUUCAUGCUGUCCAUCAGUACCACUCACUCUGCUUCCUUGUUGCAGUUACACAGAGUCCUGGGCUACUUGUCCCCCAUUCUUUGGAGAUUCUAGUUCUUGGCUCUCUGUCACUUUCUUUCCAGCUCUAUUCUUGUCACCACAUUAUGUGGUCUCUUUUGCACAUUCCUCCUAUCUCCUGACUCCUCUUUCUUUAUAUAUGCUCACUCACUAGGAAAUCACAUACUCUGAUAAUGCCCAAAAUGUAUCUCCAAACUCAUUCAUCUGACUGCCUCCUUGACAUUUCACUUAGAUGGUUAAUAAGCGUCUCACAAUUUAUAUGUUCAAAAUUAAACUUCUUAUUUUCCUCAGCCCCCAAAUCUACUCCUUUUAUAGCCUCCCCCAUGUGGACAGAACUUCAUUUUGUGCACUGUUAUUUCCUUAAUGCCUGACAUAUAGCAGUUUAUCAAUAAAAGUUUAAUGAAGGAAUUACUUUAUAUCUUUACAAUAGUGGUUGAAAACUACACUUACCAUACACACAAUAUUUUACUUCUACUGUGUUGUAAGAGAGCCUAACAGGAUUUUGUGAGCUUGCUGUAGAAAUAUGAUAGAACAGCAGUAUUGGUGGUGUUCUGUACCUGGUAACUGAAGUGUAAACAAACCUUUGUACCACUGAGGUCUCUGUCAAGGAUCUGUGCUCCCAUCUAAGACAGAUCACUACCAAGGUGACUGUCUUCAAUGACAGGUUUGAUGGUGCCACUUGCCUGCUCAAAACCCUUCAGUCAUUUCCUUUCUUGUCAUCAUGGCUGGGACAGUGCUGCUUGCCUACUACUUCGAAUGCACUGACACUUUUCAGGUGCAUAUCCAAGGAUUCUUCUGUCAGGACGGAGACUUAAUGAAGCCUUACCCGGGGACAGAGGAAGAAAGCUUCAUCACCCCUCUGGUGCUCUAUUGUGUGCUGGCUGCCACUCCGACUGCUAUUAUUUUUAUUGGUGAGAUAUCCAUGUAUUUCAUAAAGUCAACCAGAGAAUCUCUAAUUGCCCAGGAGAAAACAAUCCUGACCGGAGAAUGCUGUUACCUGAACCCCUUACUCCGAAGGAUCAUAAGAUUCAUAGGGGUAUUUGCCUUCGGACUUUUUGCUACUGACAUUUUUGUAAACGCCGGACAGGUGGUCACGGGGCACCUAACCCCGUACUUCCUGACAGUGUGCAAGCCGAACUACACCAGUACAGACUGCCGAGCACACCACCAGUUCAUAAACAAUGGCAACAUUUGUACCGGGGACAUGGAAGUGAUAGAAAAGGCUCGGAGGUCCUUUCCCUCCAAACAUGCCGCUCUGAGCAUUUAUUCCGCCUUAUAUGCCACGAUGUACAUCACAAGCACAAUCAAGACAAAGAGCAGUCGGCUGGCUAAACCAGUGCUGUGCCUCGGGACCCUCUGCACAGCCUUCCUGACAGGCCUUAAUCGGGUCUCUGAGUAUCGGAACCACUGCUCCGACGUGAUUGCGGGCUUCAUCCUGGGCACUGCCGUAGCCCUGUUUCUGAAAUCUGACUGCAUGUUCCCCCAAGGGGUCAGAAAGACGAAUGCCUGUGGAGGACGGCUUGCUCUGCUUCCUUCAACACUGGGCUGUGGACUGGGGUCCAGCAGACUAGUAAUUUGGCGUACCUUCAAAGCAGUGUUCUUUAUUUUUAAAGCAAUGUUCUUCAAAUAUCUGUUCAGAAUGUAUCGAGAGCAGAAACUAAGGAGGGAAGAACAGAAAACAAAGAGCCUGGGUGGAAGCAGACAGCCCCUUCUCCCGCAUCCUCAGAAACUCUGCUCUGGCCCAGACUUGCAUAUCCCACUCUGCAGUAUGAAAACACUCCUCUAGCCACUCCCAGGCUUUUUAGAAGGCUUCUGCUGUCACCUACACGUGGCUCUCAGCUUAUUUUCACUAUAAGUGGCUUCUCAACCACAUAUAAUCUUUCUGGAGAAGAGUUUUGGCUGAUAUAGUUUUCUCCGUAUCUUUUACUUUUCUGAUGAUUUUAGUUCCUCAAAUAGAUGGGGGCCUCACCACCUGAUCAACUAGGAAAUUUCUUAAUCUUAGUUGGACUGGAAGAGAAGAGGUUAAUUUUUAUUUUUGUCUUUUUACGGUUUUAUUGAACUAUAAUAGGCAGAUAAUAGAUGCCACAUGAAGUGUACAAUUUGAUAAAUUUUGACAUACAUAUAUCUUUCUCCCCCUCAUCCAUUCCCCUCAUUCCCAAGAAACCACUGAUCUCUCCAACACUCUAUAUUAGUUUGCCUUUUCUAGGAUUUCAUAUGAAUGGAACUAUAUAGUGUAUAUUCAUUUUCUUGGCCAUCUUUCACCUGACAUGAUUAUUUUGAGAUCCAUCCAUUGUAGCAUGUCUCAACAAUUCAUUUAUCUUUCUUGCUGUGUGGUAUUUUAUCACAAGGGCAUACCACAGAGGUACAAUUUGUAAAUACUCUUCAGGGAUUUAAAGUAUACCUGGAAGGAUUUACAGUAAAUCACUGGGACUGAAGAGUCCUAUGUUGUGCAUGAAAUGAAUCCCCUAAUAAUAUUCAGCAAGCUUCCCCUAAAAGACAAUAGCCAUCACAGUCCGGAUGUCCCCCCUCCCAUUCUGCCUAUCCUGGUCCAAAGCACCCAUAGAGACUGGCAUUAUACAUAGAUGACUCUUCCUUGUCCUGGCCUUCCUCCUUGCCCUUCCCAACACACUAAAUACACCUAUGCCUCUCCUAACUUCUAACUCAGAGUUUCCAACAUUUUUACCUGCUGAGAUACAGGAAAUGCUCCCAGUUGCCCAAAACACUGAUCUCCCCAUGGAGAUGGGGAAGCUCCAUUUUAAUUCCAAAUUAUUUUAAAUGGAUCCAGGCUUUCUUUCUAAAGUGAAAGAUGAAGGACUUCCAUGCAAAUUGUCCGUGUGAAGCUGCAGGAACAGCGGUGCUGAAUGAUCCUGAGGUGUUGAUCUCUCAUAGGAGAUCUUUCCCAAUGAUUGCUUUUAAAAGAGUUUGGAAAGGGCACGGGUGACUUCAAGAGAAGAGAGGGUUUUCAAAGACAGAUCAGUAGUCCAUCAGUGAAGGCUCAGGCUCAAAAGCCAAAAAAUUUUGCUGUCCAUCAGUCCCGGGACCAACAUCCCCAGCUAGAGACGAAGAACGGUACAGACUGUCCCGAGGUAUUUCAUGAGGUCUUUAUGGGAUGAAAUCUGUGACAUUCUUUGCAUUUUCUAAGGCCACAUGUACAAAUUCUGCCUUAGUAUUAACCUUCCUUUCUCUCACUAACUUGCAGCCCUGUUUCCUACCGCUUAGUUAUUAUUUGCUCUGUUCUUGCCUUCCCAGUUGAUGGCAAAUGUCCAAUUUUGUUUUCCACAAAUGGUCUUUAUGUAAGACCCAGAACUGUUGCUGAAUUACCCUGGCAGAGACAGACCCCCACGCUCUUCCUGUUGUCUGCAUGUGCACAGGUGCACCCUUCACAUGCGCACACACACUGAGCUUGGAAAUGGGAGGGGAAAGAUGUCUUCGAAGAGACUGGAAGCCUCCCAAAGUGGAGACUUGGACAGGAAGACAGGAAGAGAAGACUCUGUGAGACCAGGAGCAUACUUUAGAGCACAUAUGCAUUAUUGUGAAGAUUAAAGCAGCCAGGGCAGGGGUUGGUGAUUAGUUGAGCAAUUACUAUGUGCCCUAAUCUGUAUAUACACCAAAUCAUGUGCUCCUAGGACAACCCUAACACUAUUCUUAUCCUCAUUUUACAGACGAAGAAAAUGGGGCUCAAAGAUAAAUAACUUACUCAAUGGCCACGCAGCCAAUAAGCUAUAAAUCUGACCUGGGUCUUUCCAACUUCAGAGUUCCUAUGUUUCCCAGUUCUCCCAUUUCCUGAAUCGAGGGGGUUUAAGCAGAGCAGGAGAGUGAGGUGGAAGAAAGCCAAGUAGAGAAUAUUUAUAUAAAUGUUCUGCAGGGUUUGAAGAGUGACAGGAAAGAUUCAAAGACACUGGGUAUAGAAACAAAGAUGCAGAACAAUGAAGACAGUGGAAAAAGACAGAUAAACUCUACGAGGGCAAAAGAAGCAGAGAAGAUGGUAAAAACAGACUCGGUUAUGAAGGAGGGCCUCAGUAAGAAAUAAAAGUGAGCAGUCGUUUAGAGGGAAAGUGUUUUCAUGGAAGCAAUAAAGGAAAAGUGCCACGAUUUUGAGGUAUUUAAUCUCAAGCAAACAGUAGUCACAUAAUUUAGGGAGGGUCGUCUUAGGAGUGAAAGACUCGUCAGCAUGGAUCAUUUGCUAUAUGUGUGGCGCUUGUUAAGAGGCAAAAGAGUAGAGUGGUAUGAUUAAGGGGCUGUGGAGUUGAAAUCUCUGUGUGACCUUGGGCAAGUUAUCUAACUUCUCUGUCCUCCUUACCCAAGUUGAAUAUGAUAAUAGUCCCUCCCUUGUAAGAUUGCUGAGUGGGUUAAAUGAAGGAAGGUGAAGUCCUCAGGACCAUGCCAGACACAGAGUGGCCCUCAAUAAAUUAUGCUGCUGUUAUAAGAUGAUUUACAUUCGUUGUGUCUUUUAAUCAUUUCAGAUCUGUGAGAUAGGUGUUGUUAUUUCCAUUCACAGGUGAGGAAACAGGCUUAGUGGGGUGGAUUGAUUACCACUGGCCAUGUGGUUAUCAGUCAGAUGCUUCAUCAGCCCCUAGACAUGUUGAGUAGACACCCUAAACUAUGCCCGAGGUCUUUGCAUGGCCCCUAUGACCCACUGGCUCAAAAGAAGACAGUCACUAUGGCAGCGAUGUUCUAGGGGGAAAGGCCUGCCUGCCAUCCUCAGAGGUGCCCAGGCAUAUAGAUGGCUCUAGUCUGACUCCAGUCUUUUUUCCCCUCAUC